CCAUUUCUUUGAUUAUUAUAUAGAUAAUCGUUGCAUUACAAAACAGUAUAUAGCUGAGUUCUACCGUGACAUUAAAAAGACCAACAGCAGCUUUAACAUGAUGAAGUUCUUAGAAGCUAUUGCAGUCAUCUGUCUUUUAGUGAUCGUUACAGAGGCAGCCAAUAAUGGAGUAGCAAGAACACCGCCAUUAGGAUGGAUGUCAUGGGAACGAUUUCGUUGCAACACAGAUUGCGUAAACUACCCGGAUUCUUGUAUAAACGAAAGGUUAAUAAUGCAAAUGGCUGAUCACAUGGCUGCAGACGGCUAUAAGGAUGUCGGGUAUGAAUAUAUUUGUAUUGACGAUUGUUGGCCAUUAAAAGCCCGAGGCGCCGAUGGUCGACUUGUACCAGAUCCAGCUAGAUUCCCCAGUGGAAUGAAAGCUUUAGCUGAUUAUGUUCAUAGUAAAGGUUUGAAAAUAGGAAUUUAUUCAGAUUUUGGCCAUUCAACAUGCGGUGGAUAUCCUGGAAGUGAAUUCUAUCUGGAGACUGAUGCAAAUACAUUUGCAGAAUGGGAAAUGGACAUGCUUAAACUUGAUGUUUGCUUUUCUUCCUCGGGAGAUUUGCAAUACGGUUUUCCUGCCAUGGAAUUUUACCUGAAUCGCACUGGUCGUCAAUUUGUAUUUUCAUGUGAAUGGGAUUGGGGUAUGGGUGAUGGAGCUAACUACACCCAUAUGGCAGAGUUUUGUAAUAUGUGGAGAGUAGCUCAUGAUAUGGAAGAUUAUUGGGAUAAUGUUAAAUUGGUGGUAGAUGUAUUUGCCAAAGAUUCCCGAAACUUUAGUGCCUUUACGGGUCCUGGAGCAUGGGCAGAUGCAGAUUCGGUAAGUGGCUACUAA